AUGGCCCACCCAGAGGCACAACAUCCUUUGCUAGCAUCUCUCUACCAUCCCCACGUUUUCCAGCCUCUCCAAAACCCAGUGCACGCCCGAUGGACAGCGGACAAGUAUCAGGUAGACAGCUCCGAAUCUUUGAAAGAACUCGGAAACGAGCAGUACAAGAACGGGAAGUACGAGGAAGCAAUCAAGACCUACACACUCGUCAUCACCCGCGUCGGCGAGCAAGACGAACCGCCUACAACCACUCUCCGCGUCGCCUUCGCCAACCGUGCACAAUGCUACAUCAAUCUCGCCGCUUUCCGGCAGAGGAUUACAACAGCGCCAAAAACGACUGCCUACACAUCCUCGAGCACUAUAGCCUUGGAACAGCAGAAGAUCGUCGAGAAGAUGGGUGGAACCAAGGUAUACUACUAUUCCGCAACCUUGGACAAACCCCAUCGGGAGGCCACCGCCAAAGCUACAACACGCCCCGUCAAAUUCAAAGUCAUUGUCCUCCCAGGAGACAGACCCACGAAUCCCAGAACCGACAGCUUCGUCUACACCGAGCAAGUUCCGACGUACCUCUGCGACAAAGGAGCGAACACAGCGGAAGUGAUCGACUUCAUGCGCUCGUUGGUGCCCAAGCACCACCCAGAGAUCUGGAAUUCGAGUCCGAGGUGGAAUUGCUAUCUGUGCGGAAAGAGGGCGACCUUGAUGCUGCACACUCCUGGAAGCCAUCUCGACGAAGCUAUCCCGUUCAUUGCUAACUUGGCUACUCCUAUUUGCGAGAGUAACGGGCGAUGCGAGCAGGAGAUGGGGCAGAAAAUGGCGGACAUAGCACCCCUUAGGAAGAUCACUUUUUAG